CGAAUCUGAAUCAAUUGUCAUUCAUUCUAAACAUUGGAAGAAAGCUGAAGUAUUUUAUCCAAAAACAUUCAGUACAGGGUCUAUUCAAGGAGCAGAGCCAUUUCCUGAUAAGUUAAAUUAUGAUUGUCAUCUUCAGAAAACAAGAUUAGGUGAAUUUUUUCUCUGCUUACUUAUGUCACUUGAAAUUAGGGGUAAAAAUCAAGCCUCUUAUUGGACAAAGAUUGAAGAAAGAAUACUUGCAUUAGACCCAGGUGUUGGAACAUUUCUUGAAAACAAAAAUUUCGA